AGGAUUUGAGCCAUCCUUUCGGGGUCACUCCGCAAGGCGCUCCGAGUUUCACUCGAUGGAGGAGCCUCGGGCAACGUCGUUCUGUGUACGCAUGUGGCUGAUCACAGCCACGAUAGCAAUCUGUUUGAUUUGCACUUGCUUCGUGAUGGUCAAGGCCCCCGAAACGAAAGUGGAAGUCUCAUCGACCGACAUGCUGCUACUCGACGGAGUUUCUGGGCUCUGGUGCCAGGGACAGGAGCUCGUUUCAACGCACAAAUUCAACGUUUACCGUUUCAACGAUCCCGAGCAAUCGAACACCACUAAGACGAGGACAGAAAUCGAUAACGUCCUCGUGAGACUUCACAUUGGACCUAGGAAAUAUCAAUAUCUCCGAUAUUUUCUCCUCUCGGGCUCCUCCGUGUCCGUGGUGGCAGAGUCCGACCGCCGGCAUCGGGCGAACGGGACCGUGAACGUCGUGAAGGGAAAAGACGAAAUGAAUCGAUGCCUCAAAGAUCUCGACGAGCACGCCAACGCGAACGAUACGGAUAGCGAGGAAGAUCUGAACUUCGCGCCGGUCGGUCACAGGCGUUACAAGUACCUUCGGUGGGCUCUAAAAACUCGUCUCUUCACGGGCCAAUCGAGAGGGAGUUUGGAAGUGACGGCCUCCGAAGACGAUCACUUCCAUCUCAUAAUUGUGAACGACAGCAACGAGACCGACUUAUCGGUGACACUCAGAGUGAGCCUCACGAGAAUUCGUUUCCUCGUCGACGGCGACGACAUCGUGUGCAACAAAGUGAAGCAUUGCCUUCAUCAUGUGGGCUUCGGUACCGAUGUACGGCUCGUACUGGAUAUACCUCGGGAGCCGGACGCGGGCCGGAGCAUGUUCGUUGUAAGAAGUGUUUGCCGACCGAGAGUUUUCUUCUACGCCCUCCUGUUCAUCCUGAUCCCCAUCAUCAUGCUCCUCAUUACCGGCUUGGUCAUCAAGGCGUACAGCACGCUCCUGACGCUGCCGCUGCAUAACCGACACGACAUCCGAUCGAGAAUCGCUAGGAGAAUCCAAACUCAGCUCAGCGUGGAAACUGGACCUUCACCGGCGGCGCCCCGAAUCGUUCAGCAUGCCCCGCCUCGAGAAUACAUGCAGGUGCUCUAUCACAUUCCCAACGAUCAAGGUUUGAUGGACCGCACCCCGACGCCCGGGACUCCGCCCCCGAGCUACGCGUCGCUCGAAAAAUCGAGGAAACUCACCCCGCCCAUCUGUUGCGAUAAAUGUCUCGACCGAUUCGAGGACGAAAAGCCCUUGAUGCCACCGCCGCCGACGUACAGAGAAUAGCCACGAUUAAUGAGAUCGUCCGCUCGCUGUGUAGCGCGGAGUUUGUAUAUAGAAGCAGAAUGUUAGGUAGAUAUGUCUGUGAACUACUUGUAUAUACAUACAUGAAGGGAACCUCGCGAAAUGCAUAAAGUUUAUUUAUUGAGGGACCGCAUUCGUACUCGAUUGAAAUCUAUCGCAUUGUUCGGCAUUGGCUAA